AUGUCCAGAUUCAUAUUUCCAUCCCAGACAAUUACUUCCUCAAAAGUCGUCAAUGUACCGCUCGAUGUAGCCCUCCGGACUAUCCAGGACUUCCCAGAAAUGAUCAGACUUGACCCGUUGGUACUGGGCUUCGACGCGGACCCUAGGAAUCCAAAUGUCUACACAGUCAAUGUCAAGACAGAACUAUUGGGCAUCCCAUCCAGCAGUCGAUACACUCUCAAGUUUAUCAUGGUCGUUGAUGGGUUCGACGUCGCCUGGCGUUCUGGUUUCGGAACUAUCUUUGCCGCGAGUUGGCGCGCCAAGUGGGUAGAAGGGAAGACCGAAAUCACAGAGAAAACCACGGCCAAGGCCUUCUUCCUCCGUCUACCAUUCAUUAUGACCAACCUACGGAAGUCACACGAGCAGCUACUGAAUGCUCUCGCUUCUAAAUUAGAGGGUCAAGACCCCACCCCCAGUGCUACUGACAAGCAACCUAAUAUGCACAUCAUUACAUUACUAUCUGCACUCCUAUUGAUUCUUGGGUUACUGUACGCUGGCCGGAUACGAACAAUAGAAGCCAUACUGUCAUUCAGUGCUCUGGGUAUUGCAUGCGCCGUCUAUUUCAUAUGUGGCAUGUCGAGCGAUCCGUACGGUACAUUCCAUCUCGCAUUGAACCGGCUGCCGGGGGAUCCCCCAGAGGGUGACCCGAGGACCGAAUGGCUGAACAUGGGGUAUUGGCGGGACGCGGAUGUCUUCCCAGAAGCUUGCGAAGCUCUUGCUCGCAAAGUCAUCGAAGCAGCCGAAUACCAGGAAGGGGACAACGUUUUAGAUGUCGGGCACGGGAGCGGCGAAUCCCUCAUCCUCCAGCUUUCAUAUCCAUCAGUGCCUCGGCCGUCUAGUGUCACCGGUAUAACGAGUCUUCCCGCUCACCACCGGCGGUCUUUCGACCGCAUAGUCCGAUUGCGGGAAGAAGCUCCUGAUUUGAAGUGCAAUAUUCGGCUUUAUGAGGGUGAUGCAGUCUAUCGCUCCGACGCUAAGGAACAUCCUUUAGAUCCUGCCUCUGAAGCGGCACCUUACGAUAGAAUUCUUGCGCUUGACUGCGCUUACCAUUUCCGCACUCGCUCAGAAUUCUUGGAGCAGAGUCUUGUCCGCCUUGCCCCUGGCGGUCGCAUCGCUCUGGCAGACAUUUGUUUCGCAUCCCUGGACAAAUGGACAGCAAGGACACUCAUUGCACGGUUCAGUCCUAUGCCGAAGGAGAAUGUCAUAACAUCGGAAGAGUACGUGCGCAAAAUGCAAAUAAUUGGAUAUAGAGAUGUCAGGUUGGAGGACAUCACCGAUGAUGUCUUCCCAGGGUUUCAGACGUUCUUACGGUCGAGAGGUGGCUUGUGGAGGAUAUUUGCGUGUUUUAUGGGCGUCCUAGCACGCAAUGGUGCUCGUUUUGUAAUAGUGACCGGUGCUAAGGGUGAAUAG